AGCCAAGUGAAGAGGGGAGAAUGAGAAAACUGGAGGGGUGGUUAGAGGAGACAAGAGUCGUGGAGACUGCUGGGGAGAAAAAAAAACGGUGAGGAGUGUACAUGGGAGAGCAGGAAAGCCUGUGAAGACUGGAGUGAAAAAGAAGCCAAGGAAGCUGAAACUUAGGAGAGAAAAACAAAAGAAAGGAAAAAGAAAAGUAGCUGACUGAUACAAAUGUGAGAGAUGGCUAUAGACUGUCAUGAAGACUCACACCAGACCCUGGAGUAUACUGGCAAGGUGUAUAAAAAUGAAGGAACCGUAGAAAAGAAGCCCGUCGAGUCAAAUCACGUGGAGCCUCUGCAGAACAAGAAAGUACCUUGGACCAAGUUAAGUCAAGUCUUAUACAAAGGGACAGCCACAGAAGAAAGAGAGGGUCUAGCUACUGGAAUAUCAUUCAUAGCACAGCCAGAGUGUGAAAAUAACCAGGAGAUCUGUCCCAGUUCUCAGGACCCCCAGCGCUAUAUUACACAUUCCAAGCAAUACAGCUUGCCAGAGAGCUUUGAGAAUAUCCCAAACAAUGUAGUAAACUCUACUGAAGGCAAGUUUGCUUGGAGGACUCACACUGGAAGGGGCAAAGGAAAGAAGACAAAAAGGAAGAGAACGGUUAACGGUGGUACGUGUAGCCCACCGCAUCUGGUACAGAGGAUUCCUGAAGAAGGCUGUCGAUUGCCUAUCCCUGUACAGGAUGAUGAAUCCCAUCCCUACUUGGCACACAGCAGCAUAUGGCUUGCAGAUGGGAAGAAAGACUUCUCCUCCAGCACACAAUAUAGUACGAUAAAUGAGCACAGAAAUCUUGAGGACCAGACACCCAAAGAUGUCAAAAAAGAUCUCUAUAAGCUCAUCAGUCCAUGUCAGUUUAGAUGCCAUGUUGGAGCCAAUAAGCAGUUACCAUAUUUACCUCUCGAAAAUCGGCUUGCCCUUCUCUCGUCUCCCAGAGAUUGUUCAAGAUUGGGGUAUGAUGAACCAUUUGACCUAGGCUGGGAAAACCUCAUCAGCCCAAAGGGGGGCUCCCUCAAGCUGAGCAGCCCUUGCAUGGACUCGGAGACCCAUUCUGUGGAAGAAUGGACCUUGCAAGCAUUGAGGGGCAGUGUGAGCAUGGGGGAGCCACGAAACUUGUGCACCAUGGUCAAAGGCCUGGAAAAAACAAUUGAAGAUAAGGAUGUAGGGGACAAUGAAGGAGUCCUACUCAAUGAGGACUUGAAACCUGUUGAUUAUGAGUACAGGGAGGGUGUCCACUGGGAAAAGUGUGGAACAGUCUUAGGGGUGGGCACGUUUGGCGAUGUGUUUCCAGCUAAGGAUCUGAAAACAGGAUUCAAUUUUGCUGCUAAAAAGAUUCAUGUAAGCAAAUUCCGGUCUGAAGAACUGACCUGCUGUCUUAGUGUCUUGUCCCCAAAUAUCACCCCAGUGUAUGGGGCCAUCCGAGAAGGGUGCUGGAUAACCGUGUUAAUGCACCAAAUGAAAGGAGGGUCUGUGGGGCAGUUAAUCAAAAGGGUUGGCUACCUACCAGAGGACAGGGCUUUGCACUACCUGGGACAAGUACUUGAUGCCCUAACACAUAUCCAUGCUGCAAACAUUGUGCAUGGUGAUAUUAAAGCUGAUAAUGUGCUUAGCAGAAGGGGGCGUGACAAGGUGUACCUGUGCGAUUUUGGACAUUCUGUGCACCUACCUCAUAGUGGUUCCAAGAAGCAGCUACUGACUGCAGACUCUGUCCCUGGCACUGAGACCCAUAUGGCUCCAGAGAUCGUGCGGGGGGAUCCGUGUGACGUGAGCCUAGACAUAUGGAGCUCCUGCUGUAUGUUAUUGCACAUGCUGAAUGGGUGGCACCCUUGGAUCCGCACACACAAACGACCCUUAUGUCUGAAGAUUGCAACAGAGCCCCCACCUCUACAGGAAAUCCCUCCAGACUGUCACACCUUAACUCAUGAGGUUAUCUCUGCUGGGCUAGUAAAAGAACCAGUUGGGAGAGCGACUGCAGCAGAGCUGAGGAAAAAAGUCCAUCUGGCACUAUGUAAAAUUGGAGGUUUGAAAACUCCAUGGAAAUCAGAAUAUAGAGAACCCCGGAGCUUUCCUACUCAGCCAACCCCCCUCAUCCCUACAGAGAUAUCCAAAGACACAUUUCCAGAACCUCAACUGGCCUCACCUAAACCCAGAGCUAUGCCAGGAUCACCUGGUGAGGAGAAGCCAGGAGACCCCCCUCAUAGGAGCACAGAAGAAAGGGGGUCUUUGUUUGACCUGGAAAUCCAGCAGUUGGAAAGAGAUUUGUUUAUGGAGAGCCUUUCCCACCCAUACUCUCUGGAGGAACAGGAACACAUGCUACACUGUCUGAGUGAGAACAGUAUGGAACCAAAGACCAGCAAGGACUCUGGGAUUACUUGGGAUACCUUAAGCUCAGGGGUCCACUCUUGGGACAGUCAGAUAGACCCACUGAGCUUUAAAAGUGAUUCUCUUCUGUUUGGUGGAGGAGACACAAUUGCACCCAGUUGUUUCAAUGGGGUUAAACUUCAGGUGAAAAAGCUUAAUGGAGAAAAGUUACAAAUCUUGGAGUCAAUCUAUACGAAGCUGGGAGAUCUGGCUGUGGGAAUCAGCUUUCAGAUCCCAUCCCCAUCCUUUACCCUGCUGACACCAGAAGGAAACCCUAUACCAUGGAAUACGGAGAUGCUAACCUGCUGGAAAGAACUACAAUGCUCACUGGCUCCAGAUGAUGGAAGCUGGAUCUGGAGGGUGAAUCGUGGCAAGCUGGAAGAGGUUUUUGUGGACAAUGUGCAUUCAUGGAGAGGUGGUAGGCCUGGGUAACUAUCCGGUCCCAUUAAUUGUUUGUGCCUUACAUACCAUAAGAGGUUGUAAUGCCUCUAUUUGUAUCAGCUCCGUCCCAUACAACCUGGUAUUUCAGUCUAUGGACUCUUCAAGUUUGUUACAAGAGCACUUUGAACAGAUUUGUAUGGGGCUUUCAAAUCCAUCUGAACAACUGGUUUUCUAUUGUCAGAUAUGUUACAUUAAGGCCCAUCACCAGCAAUAUCUGUCCAUUAGAAAGCACUUUUCUCUCAAGUUUUGCAUAAUGUUUAUCUAACUCAGCAGCAUAACACUUUUUUGAAUAUCCAUUUUGACCUGUUCUUGGUUUUGGGAUAUCAAUCUCAUGUAUGCUCAGUUCACUUUUUAACCAACAUAAUAGUUUCCUAGUUUUAUUACAAAUAUUUAUAAAAUCACAUUUUUAAAUGAUACAACAAGUUAUAGAAAAGGCUUAGCUGCACAUUAAUUGAUAUUAUUAGUGCAUUCAAACCAGUGGCAUAUUUAGGUUUUAUGCUGCCCACUACUGCCCUCCUCUCUCUACAGAAGUCCGUGCGCAGGCUGUAGCCAUUUACUGCGCCCAAAAUGAGCCUGAAAUCACUCCCACGCGCAUUGAGCUGCCCCACCCUUACCUGUGUUUGGCCUAAAAGGAUCCUGCCGCAGCAGGCCAAUCUAUAGGUGUGGCUGACAACGACAAAUGGCAGCUGUGGUGGUAAGAGGGGGGCGGGCAGGCAUGGGUGUAAGUGAUGUGAAAAAGUGCCGCCCCCCACAUCUGCCACCCUAGGAACAGGCCUUGUUGGCUUAGGCCAUAAUACCUCCCAAAGUCAAAUCAAAUUAUGGGUACAUUUGCCUUAUGUUUUGCUGAUUGGUGACUAAAUUUGGGAUUUGUGUCCCUUUAACUAUGUGUUUAACCUAUUUGAAUUAGAGCAUUCUCUGCACUUUUAUGUCCCUUUAAGCACACUUUUCUAACCUGUUUUGUAAAUAUGGAUGUAUUGUACAAUUUUUAGAUAGAUUUAUGUCAUGUUAUUGCAGCAAAUGAUUUGUUACUCUUGUGUAUGCAGUUCCAUGCCUGUUUAGAGAAACCAGAAAAUCCCUGGGGUAUUAAGACUCUCUCUAUAUGUGCCUUCCUUUUCCACAGAUGUUCUGCUGUUAAACAUUUGCAGAAAUAUAAGGUCACUGGUUCAUCUUUUUGCUUCUGUUUGAGUGAUAUGUACUAGUGCAGUGUUUCCCAAACCCAGUCUUAAGGACCAUCAAUAGGCCAGAUAUUCAUUAUAGCUUAAAGGGACAGUAUACACCAAUUUUCAUAUAACUGCAUGUAAGAUACACUACUAUAAAGAAGAAUAUGCACAGAUGCUGAUCUAAAAAUCCAGUAUAAAACAUUUUUAAAACUUACUUAG